AUGGUCCUAGUUGUGGCUGAUCAGCACCUUAACACCCCCAUGUAUUUCUUCCUGGGGUACUUGUCCGGCUUCGAGACCUGCUAUAGCUCCACCAUCCUGCCCAGACUGCUGGCCAGUCUCCUGACUGGGGACAGAACCAUUUCUGUUAGUGGCUGCAUCACUCAAUUUUAUUUCUUUGGUGUUCCUUUGGCAAGUGAAUGUUGUCUCUUAUCCAUGAUGUCCUAUGACCGGUAUUUAUCAAUAUGCAAACCAUUACACCAGAUGGUUCUGAUGAAUGGCAGAAUCUGCCUACAGUUAGCAGCUGUGUCCUGGAUGGGUGGAUUUAUGGUAACAACCAUAGUAACAUGUUUAAUGUUAAAAUUACAUUUCUGUGACCCCAAUGAAAUUGACCAUUUCCUUUGUGAUUUCACCCCAGUGAUUAAACUCUCGUGUAGUGACACCAGGCUGACCACACUGGUGGCCUUUAUAUUAUCUUCUAUAGGCACCCUGCCCCCGUUUCUAUUAACCCUGACAACCGAUGUUUUUAUCAUCUCCACCAUCCUGAGAAUCCCUUCCACCACUGGGAGGAGAAAGGCAUUUUCCACCUGUUCCUCUCACCUUAUUGUGGUUACAAUUUUCUAUGGGACCCUGAUGAUUGUCUGUGUUACCAGACACUGA